GUUGGUACACCUGCGGGUUUCACGUUCAGAUAAUGAGUGAGAGAGCAAAAAUUGGAGAGAGGCUUGCAAACUUCACACACCAUGUAAUCCUUCCAUCAUGCACUAGAGUCUGCUAGAGUCUGUUUGGCGCAGCUUACAAGUUCGGAGUUCGGACGUGUUCGCCCCUUACUCAUAUUUUUGUAGCCGUCGAUUGCAUCACAAUCGGCCGCCGGGACAACGUCGUUGUCCUUGUGCUUUGCGUACUCAUCUAGCCUUCUGAUUAUGGUCGUAUCAUUCCCGCGUUACGGUAGAGGGACGGGUACCAAUAUUAUCUGAACUGAAAUCAUCGUACUAAAGAAUUGCAAAUCGAAAUAUGAUUUCGUGCAAUUUGUGUUUGCGUGAUCCAGUCCUAUCUCUCUCGCUUACGGCUGAGCGACGCACGUGACGUACAUCAACGACGCCAAUGCGAGGGCGAGGCUGUUUUCGCACUAUUCUUUGCAGACGAUGAUGUCGGGUAGCAGCGAUUCUGAAGAAUUUUUUGAUGCAGAAGACGACUCGUUUCAUCGCACGUCACGAAAAGUGAAACAGCGUGAUUCUGCUAGUGCUGAAAGUCAUACUGUGAAAACACAAGUUUGCAAACAAGAAGAUGAUUAUGUCUUCAUAAAACCUGUUGAACCAAAAUCAAUUAGUGAACCAAAGAGCCAUGUGUCUGCAGACUGUGGACAAACUAAAGAAAAACUUGACGAGGAUGAUAGAGAAUCUACUACAGACAAAAUUGUAGGUAGAAGAAGAUUUCGUGAACUUCGGCAACGCAUGCAAACGGAAGAUGACGAUAUUCCGAUCAACAGCUCUCCUCCGGAUAGCCAGACAUCUUCCAUCGAGGGUGUUUAUCCUACUCCUUCCAAAACGAGCCAUCCGUUCCGAAUUAUAGAGCAUGACACUCUUAGUUUACAAAGUAUGACCUCUUUAGGGCGAGUGGGCCGAAUUCUGGCAGGAGUUGCAGAUAACGCUUCUGGCGUACUUAUAUCUGGUAUAUCUCAGUGCCCUCCUUCUACCGCCCUUAUUCGCGAGGGUCAGAUGUCCUCCAUUGCUAGCAUUCCAAGCAAAGACGAGGACACAACCUCUGGUAAGGUGUCCCAGUCUUCCAGCGUCCUUACAUUAUCGGGGGAUGCCCUGCAGGAAUCCUCUGUUAACAAUAGAUCAAAUUACGCUUUUCACUCGCAAAGUGACAAGACUAUUACACUUCAAGAACCUGAUGUCAUUGCUAGUACAAAGAAUAAUGGAAAAUCAGUGGAAAAUGCUGUGAUGUCUGGUGUACCCGUUGCUCCACCGCGUCGUAAAAAAAAAACGAAGGCAAAUACAUCGGAUGAUCUUGCUCCUUCUGCAGAGACGCUUGUUCCUGCGUCGCCGCUUCCAAGUCCAGCGAGCACUAUAGAAUCAAUUACUCGAGAAUUUGAGCAUUCUCUUGAUAUCCGGUCUGCGACAAAAGGCCAAUAUGUCGUUAAGCCACAGGAUGAGGAUAAAUUAAAAGCAGAAGGUCCAUCUACCGAGGAACUAGAAAGAGUAGAAAGAAUGAAAGCAGAAUUGCUUAGUCGAUCAAAUGAAAAAUCUAGUAGUCCGUUAGGAUCAGCGUCGAGUAACAGUAUCGGCCGUUAUUCUCUAGGCCCACAUAAGCUUUCGAGCAUGAGCCCACAAAGUUCCAAAGAAAGACGUAAAUCUGCCGGUGAUCAGGAUAUGGUCAAGCAGUUAAAUAUGUUUGUAAGGACUAGGACGGAUUCCGGAAAGCGUCUUACUGAUAUGGAAAUCUUGGAACAAGUGCCUGUAACGAAUUUAGAUACGGGGGAACAGGUGCCAUUAAGUAUAGCAGAAGAUAAAUUACCGCAAUGUAUCAAUCCUUUGUCAUUACACAUUAUGAGACUCACUAAAUCUAAAUAUAUAAGCAAUUCUAGUCUCGAGAAGGAGAAAGAGAGCGACGAAGAGAGCGUGGACAGUAAAAUAUCUAGUAUACCCCCAGACGAAGAUGUAUCCGUAGAUAGAGUUCGUAAACGUACGCAAAAGUUGAAACGAUUCCUAGGAUCGACUGUAAAAAAGACGAUGGACAAAGCCAAAUCCAUUGCGCAAGAAGUUUCGCAUGCGAGACAUAAAGAGGAUGUUAUGGAUAUAGUAGAUGAAGUUUAUCCUGGUGAACAACAGUACAUAAAAUUGAAGGCAUCAAACAGCCAUAAAGGUCCGUACGAAUUUAGUUGUUUGCAACACGUUCAAGAUCUUAGUGGGGAACAUAUAGGACCCGUCUGGUGCAUGAAGUUUUCAGCCUGUGGUCGACUGUUAGCUACUGCGGGACAAGAUCGCGUUCUAAGGAUCUGGGUCCUACAAGACGCCUUCUCAUAUUUUCAAGAUAUGCGAACCAAGUAUAAUGCGGAAAAAGUUAGUCCUACUCCUUCGCAGGAAUCAUUAGUCUCACAGCAGUCAAUGGAAGAUCCUAAUGUCAUGGCUAGUGCCUUCAACGAGAUAGAAGGAACGAAAAGUCCCUUCAUGCCAAAACCAUUUUGCACAUAUACCGGCCAUACUUCGGAUUUGCUUGACGUGUCGUGGUCUAAAAACUAUUUUGUUUUAUCUUCAUCGAUGGACAAAACUGUACGGCUUUGGCAUAUAUCCCGCAAGGAAUGCCUAUGUUGUUUUCAACACAUUGAUUUUGUCACUGCUAUAGUAUUUCAUCCGCGGGACGACCGAUACUUUCUGUCAGGAUCACUUGAUGGCAAAUUACGCUUAUGGAAUAUUCCUGAUAAAAAAGUUGCAGUAUGGAACGAAGUGGAUGGACAAACCAAGUUGAUUACUGCGGCCAACUUUUGUCAAAACGGGAAAUUCGCUGUUGUGGGCUCGUACGAUGGUCGUUGCAUAUUUUAUAAUACCGAUCAAUUGAAAUAUCAUACGCAGAUACACGUUCGAUCGACAAGGGGAAAAAAUUCUACCGGUCGCAAGAUCAGCGGAAUCGAACCUAUGCCAGGAGAAGAUAAGAUUUUGGUUACGUCUAAUGACAGUCGUAUUCGUUUGUAUGAUUUGAGAGACUUGAACCUAUCAUGCAAAUACAAAGGAUACGUUAACGUCAGUAGUCAAAUUAAAGCGAGUUUCAGCCCAGACGGACAAUAUAUAGUUAGUGGUUCUGAAAAUCAGUGCAUUUAUAUCUGGAAAACCCAUCACGAUUAUUCCAAAUUUUCUAGCGUUCGUAGGGAUCGAAAUGAUUUCUGGGAGGGCAUAAAGGCGCACAAUGCUGUAGUAACAUGUGCCGUGUUCGCACCAAAUCCAGACAGUAUUAUCAAGCAGAUCGAAGCGAGAGAACAAUGGGAGAACAAGGAGGAACUGAAAGGCGUAUUGGAUACUUCCAAUAUCAUAGAUGUUCCUGUUGAUCCUGUUGUUGAGCAACGCACUAAAGGUUGUGGAGGCCAUGUUCUUGUAAGCGCCGAUUUCAAUGGUUGUAUCAAAGUUUUUUUAAACAAAACAAAACCAAAGCACAGCUCCCUACCAGCAUCUGCACUUGCGUAACGUAAUAUUAUCUAUGAAUCUAUGUGGCAGUCGUAUCAAUUAACAAGAUAUGUACGUAUCCUCACGUGUCCUGCAAACGCUUUUGCCUCCUUUCGCCUUGCGCGUAAUUUUUGGUUGUUUGUCUCGAUCGAGAAUUAUUGCAAUUAUGUAUAAAUUCUUUUUUUUUUUAUGGUAUUUUUAUGUUAAAUGUAAGAACAUUUGAGCCAUUUUGCGCGCACGUAUGUGCGUUUGUGUAAACAGUUUUAAAUGAUAAUAUAUGUUAAUGACAAAAAAUUUGUUUUGGAAUUGUUCUUACACGUUCAAGUUUAAUAACAAUUUACAUCUGUCAGUUCUAAACAUAAUAUGGGGACAACUAUAAUGCAAAUUCUACUGAACGUUUAUUACGUCAGGUAAAAUAAAUUUUGUGUAUCUUCGUAUUUCGGAUAUUUUCUCUCAAUCUAUAAAAAUUUGUAUUUGUAUUAAGGGAUACCGCGUCCUGAACUUGACUUGAUUUUGACAUUAAUAUAUGUUAUAGAGGCAAAGGUAUCGAUUAGUUAUAGAUAUAGUUUUAGUAUAGUUUUCAAGAUAUGCUAACAUAAAACUCAUUUUUAAAAUUUCAUUAUUUUCGUUAUGAUACCUUAUAUAUGAUGGUGUACUAUUCCGUAUGAGUUUGCAACUUUCUAUGCGUAGUAAGAUCCACUCUACUUUCCUCCUUAAGAAUAAAGUCUAUAAUUGUUCUGUUCCACAUGAGUUUGUGACUUUUCACGCAAAGUAAAAUUGAUUCCAUACCUCCCCCUACUUACAGGGCAAAUCAAGGUUUAUAAUUAACACAACUUGAAAACUUUCUACGGUCGCAAUUAGAUCUUUGUGCUUGUUUUUGUGUGAUUUUAUAAACCUUCCUCGAAUUCAAUGAACUGCGCGCCAAAUUGUUUUUUCAGUCAUAACACAGCUCUACAUUGAACAAGAUUAAGUAAUAUCACGUAUUAUUAAAGGUCUAUAAUUGUAUGGUUCCAUACGGGUUUUUGAUUUUUUAUAUGAAACGAGAUCCAUCUUACCUCCCACCAGUUUACGAAGCGAAACGCGGUCUAUAACUGUUUUGUUUAAAAAUGAAUAUAAAAACAGAUGUCGCAGAUGUAAAAUUAGUGAAAUGUAAUUUAUAAUUCAUAUUCAUUCACUAUUCAUAUAUAAGGUGCCAUAUAAUGAAAAUAAUAAAAUUUCAAAAAUGAGUUUUAUGAUAGUAUGUCUUGAAAAUUAUACGAGAUCGAUUAAUUUAUAAGAAAAAGUUGAUCUGUAACCUUGCCUUUAUAACAUGUAUCAAGGUCAUCGACGCGGUGUCCUUUAAUAUGCAUAAUUACUAAUUUUUUCCAUCUCUUACUUUGUUCAUAUAACGAUGAUGCUGGUCCACUAUUAAAAAAAAAGAUACUAAUAAGCCACGAGAAAAAAAUUUAUGAAAAUUAUGUCACAGGAUAUGUCAGUGAUACGUAACAAAUUUCGAAAUGUUUUCGUAAACUGUACGCACGAUAAAGAUACAAUGAAAACAAGAGCACCUUGGUAAAAACGAAGUAUAAAAGAAUGUACAGAUGAUUGCAAAAUAUCUCCAAAUAAGUCGUUUUAUUUGUUACAAGUUGGAUUCGCAAAUCUAUAGCAGUCAUUUUAUUAUUUAUUAACAGUAAAGUAUUAAAGAAUUACUAAUUUUUAUAAUACCUUUAUCAAAUCAGAUUUUAUAAAAUCCUAAUGUUUUCAAAUCUUGUUCUUCUUGAAUAUAGUAGUUGUAAAAUAGCAUAAUACAUCGAAGACAAUAUAAAAAAUUAUUAAAAAUUAAAAUAUGUGAUUGCGUUUUUUUUCUACAAAUUCAUCUUCCAUUUAGAAAACAUAAUUAAACGUUGUAUUUUCAUCAUAAAAUUUUAUUAGUCCAUAUAAAAUACACUACAAUUACAUAUUGUGCUAUACAUACAACACGCUAGUUUUCACUAUUAAGCAUACCUAUGUAGUUUACACCUCGUGCAUUGAUAUUUUACAUAAAAAUUGUUAUAUACUCAUGAUGUUCGCUAAUUUAAAGUUUAAUGUAGAAUAAGUUACACUGGAUUAUAAAAUUGAAAGAAAAGAAUAUACUUUCGCGUUCUGUCAAUUAUAGAAUGGAAAUUUAUGUAUGUAUGUGUAUACGCGCGCGCGCGCGCCCACACACACACACACACAUACACACACACAUACACACACACACACACAUAGGGAGAGAGAGUGGGGGGGGGUAACACCUAAUGUGAGUAUCGUUAACAUUGCAAAAUAUAAGCUCUUUGCAAAAAAA